CGUCCCGAGCGGCCGCCCUCCCCAUGGCUCCGCAAAUACGGCGGAAGGGCUCGUCCUCUGCUGGACCGCCCUGACGACCCCGUCCGCCACUCAGGACUCGCGCCCCGGUACCCGGAGCUUCACGAAACGUAUUACGCUGGGGACAGCAGGGAGUUCGACAUGAUGAGUCCCUUUCCCAGGCCCGUGGAUGACGAGCUCGACAAGCUGUUUGCUUCCGAGAGAACCCAAAUCGAAUCCAACUCGGGGCUGACCACCUGGGAAAUCGGUCUCCUGGGCGAGUAUCUGAUCAAUGACUGGCCCGGUGGCCACGGGGGCCGGGGCACGCCAUGGCCGGAUGCUUUGGAGCACGGAUAUGGCGUCAAAGUUGAUGAGAACGCUUGGCAUCCCGUUUUUACCAAGGACAAGUGGUACGAUUUCCGCGUGCCCAUCCUCAACGACAGGUUCAACCCUCCCGGCGUGCCCAUUUUGCCCACCGAUGUCUGGAGCGUCGACGUCCCCCGG